AUGGAGAAGGCAAGAUAAGUGAUGGAGGAGUUCUUGGAGAUAUGGCAUGAAGCUCUGUCUAAAAGGUCGUUGCUUGGUAAGUUUGUGAACAUAGAGCUCAACUUUGGGGAGUUUGGUCUGGUAGACAGCUACACUCCACAGCACACAGCUGUUGGAUACGCUCUUGUCAUGGCUCACAUGAUUGCAACGGUUCAAGCUGUGAGAGGCUAA